UGUACUGUACAUGUACAUGUACAUGCGCAGUUCUCAGCAAUUAAUUAUCCUUCGCCGCGUGACCCGUACCGCACGCGAUACAGUGACCAUGCGUUGGCCGUGUGGCCGGCCCAGUGGUCUGACUAGGCCUGUGGCCUGACUCUAUGAUCAGCCAGUCAACGAUCUUUACCAAUCAGUAGUACUGUAAUUUGUUAUCUGAAGUAGACGUUAGCUUCAUUUUUGAUUUUGGUGAAAGCUUUUUACAGACCUGCGUCCAUUGAGCUUCCAUCAUGGUUCUUCUGGAGAGUGUAAUCAGUUUUAUAUCAGCCAACUCCACCUUGGUUGGCCUGGUCUGUCUCACUUUAACUUUCAUCUACCUACUCAACAAGAUCCUCAACAAAUUGAUGAUCACCUCAAAUUCUCCCAACCCAUUUGCCAAGGACACCAGACGACCUCCACAGCCGUUAGAGACUGACCAUGCAGUUAAAGAUAAAGUACUCAAGCAGGGAUUCACUGCUCAGAAGAUUCCGGAGGGUCUGGAUGCUAUUGUGAUUGGCAGCGGGAUGGGUGGACUGACCACAGCCUCUGUCCUGUCCCGCAUCGGAAAGAAGGUCCUUGUCCUAGAGCAACAUGACCAGGCUGGAGGUUGCUGUCACAUCUUCAGAGAGAAGGGCUAUGAGUUUGAUGUCGGUAUUCACUACAUUGGUGAGAUGACCAACAACACCAUCUCCAAAGUCUUCAUUGACCAGCUCACUGACGGUCAGCUACAGUGGUACCCCCUGGAUGAGACCUUUGACACUGUGGUCAUAGGUCAGGAGGGCAAGCAAAGGCAAUAUCCAAUCAAGGCGGGACCCAAGGACCAGUACCGCCGGGCCCUGCUGGAGAGUUUCCCAGGAGAGGAGAAGGCUAUCAACAAAUUCAUGAAGUUAUUGCGAACCGUGAAGCGUCAGUCUUUGAUAGCAGGUGCUAUGAAGCUGAUCCCUAGGAAUGUUUGUAACUUCCUGAUUCAAUACGGCAUCAUCAACUUCAUUUCUUCGUUCUACUCCUAUGCUCAUCGUUCUUUGAAAGAGGUCCUGGAUGAUCUUACUGACAACGAAGACCUCAAGGCAGUUCUGUCAUAUAAUUUUGGAGACUAUGGUACACCGCCAUCCAAGAGCAGUUUUGUUAUGCACUGUUUGCUGGUUAACCACUUCAUGAAAGGCACCUUUUUCCCCGUAGGGGGCGCCAGUGAAAUCGCCUAUCAUAUCAUUCCAACCAUCGAACGCUCUGGAGGCAAGGUACUGGUCCGUGCACCAGUGACACAGAUCUUGCUGGAUAGCAAGGGCAAAGCCUGCGGUGUAAGAGUCAAGAAGACCUCUGGUGACAUUGACAUCCAUGCUCCGAUGAUUAUAUCAGCUGCUGGGGUGUACAAUACCUUCCAGAGGCUGCUACCCCCUACGAAUCCUGUUGUUCAAAAACCCAUUGAGAAGCGUCACACUGGUGUCCAGCAUGGCGUGGGUGCCAUGUCGGUCUUUGUGGGCCUGAAGGGAACCAAGGAAGAGCUUGGACUACCAGCGGGUCAAGUCUGGGCCUUCACAGGCAGUGAUCAUGACAAGAAUAUGGAGGAGUACAUGAACCGAAGUGCUGAGGAGUCAGGCAAGGACGAUAUCCCACUACUCUUCAUCACCUUUCCAUCAGCUAAGGACCCAAGCUGGCCUGAGCGUUACCCAGGCAAGUCCACAUGUACCAUGGUGACCCUGGCCAACUGGGAAUGGUUCUCCAAGUGGGAAAAUGGCAGAACGGGCAAGCGUGGUGAGGAAUACGAUAGGAUCAAAGACGCCAUCGGCGAAAAGAUGUGGGAACAAUGCCUCAAUCUCUAUCCACAGCUGAGAGACAAGGUUGAUUACUUCAGUGUCGGUAGUCCAGUCACCAACAAAUACUACAUCGAAGCCAUGAAGGGAGAAAUUUACGGCUUGGACCACAACAAGGAACGCUUCAGCACCCAGACUUGGCACACAUUGCGUCCAGAGACUGACAUUCCUAAUCUCUAUCUGACCGGCCAAGACGUGAUGACCUGUGGCUUUGUAGGUGCAGCCUUCUCUGGACUGAUUAGUUGCAGUAAGAUUCUGAGUCGCAACCUGAUGGCUGAUGUCGUUGCCCUGAGAAAGAGGAUCAUUCAGCAGAAAUAAAAAGAGAAAGUGUCAUACUGUUCCCGUUUUGAUGAAGGAAUGAAAUAAGGCAGAUAAAGAUUUGAAACAAAUACUUUGUAGAUAUCAAUUAGAGUCUUGAGCCAUUGUCCAAACUUUGGCUUCCACUGUGCCAUGGGUGUCAUCACAGCCCCUGGAAAGUUGUGAUGUGUCCACUGGACAGAAUAAAACUAGUUAACAGAGAAACAAACAUCAAGAAAUCGAUUAGAUGUAACACUAAUAUCAGAGACAAAGCUGAGGUCUUCAUGGCACGCUCAUCAGUUUUGGAGUGUUUUUAUUUUCAUGUAAAAUUAUAUUUUAUAAUUACGAUUGGGAAUAUAGAAAAUUACUAAGCGAGGAAUGAAGUGGCAGUAUAAAACAUGUAAUAACAUCAAAUUGUUCCUUAAAUAUUUGAAGAUCAUUCACCCUGACUACAGCAGUUUUCCUUCCUUUUUCACGUUACCAGGAUUUUAAACAUUUAUGAUGAAUAGAUUUCUAGAACAUCUAGAUUUCUUUUACUUUAGUUUGAAGUCAGUUACUGUAGCAACCUUUUUUGUGACUACUUUUUUCAACGGGUGUAAUUUUCUCCACAAUAUUUGGAGGGGCAGAUUACAGUGAUCUGAAGGUUUGGGUUGGCCAAAUCCAGUUCAUGAUUGCUGGGACAAAAAGCAGCAAGAUGCAUGUAUUGUAAGAGAUUUUCUGUUAAAGCUCAAAUGAUCGCAUAUUUCUAUGCUUUAUGCUAUGUGUGUUUGUUGACGGGUGUUCUAUUGAGAGCGAUUUCUUUAUUGUACCUGUAAAAUAUAGGUUUGUUUUGCAAGUUUACAACGGAAGAUUUUAUUAGCGAUGGUGUGUCUAAUUUAUAAUAAGAUAUUGAGUCAUGUAUGCAGAAAAUUAAAAGGUGAUUUUCCUUGUG